UAGCCUUCUACCGUCCGAUACCGUCAGUUGUGAAAAUGGGUGUUGUCUCUCGAAACUGGAUUUACGCGAAAAAGUUCGUAGGAGAACCCACGAACGAAAACUUCCGGCUGACCGAAGAAGAAUUGCCACCUCUUCAGGAUGGAGAAUUUCUUGCUCAGGCAGAGUAUCUCAGUGUGGAUCCCUACAUGCGGCCGUACAUGAGUCGAUUUCCUGAAGGAAGUUUGAUGAUCGGAGGGCAAAUAGCGAAAGUAGUGGAAAGUAAGAAUGUUGCCUAUCCCGUUGGAGCAAAAAUUUUCGGUCAAUUCGGCUGGCGUACACAUACCGUAUAUAAUCCGAAAAAGGCAGAAAACGAACAGAAACCGUAUGUGUUGCCAGAUUUAGGGUCACUCCCAUCAAGCUUGGGACUCGGUGUUCUAGGUAUGCCUGGCAAUACGGCCUAUUUUGGAUUAUUGGAGUUGUGCACUCCAAAGGAAGGAGAAACUGUGGUAGUUAGUGGAGCAGCAGGCGCCGUAGGCAGUAUUGUUGGUCAGAUUGCAAAACUGAAAGGAUGUCGAGUGAUUGGUAUUGCAGGGUCGGAUGACAAGUGCCAGUGGUUGAAGAAGCUCGAUUUUGAUCAUGCCAUUAACUAUAAGACCGAGAAUGUUCUCGAAGAAUUGAAGAAAGCUGCACCAAAAGGAAUCGAUUGUUACUUUGAUAAUGUUGGUGGCUCCAUAACAGAAUCGGUUAUGCGGCUCAUGAACUUAUAUGGCAGAAUUUCCGUUUGCGGUACUAUUUCAAACUACAGCACUGGUCCGAUCAAGGUUCAAGACCCACAGACUGAUUUUGUGUUCAAACAAUUGAAAAUGGAAGGAUUUAUUGUCACAAGAUGGCAAGAUCGAUGGAUGGAAGGCAUUCGCGCCAAUUUGGACUGGAUAAAAGAAGGAAAACUUCAAUACGAGGAAACAGUUACAAAUGGAUUUGAGAGCAUGCCGAAAGCGUUCAUGGGCAUGCUAAAAGGCGGUAACACAGGAAAAGCUAUUGUAAAAGUAGAAUAACUAACAGCUAUACCGUAAGUAGCGUAACUUUAGUGUUGUAAGUUAUCAACAAUG